AUGCCGAUCCAGCAUGGUGGAAUCGACCCCAUUGAUGCGACGAUAAACACACGAUACGCGCUCCACACGACACACUGCCGGCCCUUGCAACCCCCGGCUCGCGCUGCUGGCUUCUGUUCUCCGGCGUGGCCCGUCUGCGCGCCCCGUCUGCUGCGUGCGUGGUUGCGAGUCGGCCUCGAGGCGGUAUGUAACCCUAGCCUCCAACCUCACCAUAGUCGAUCUCGCUGUAACAGCGGCCACGGCCACUCACACGGCGCGGCUCGAUCCUCGGCGCAAGCUCCAGCCCUUGCUGCUGCCGUGCCCCAUAUCGCCCCGGCGAGUCCCCAGCGCCCACCGUCGCAGGCGCUGAGGGCAUCAGCAAUCCGCUCCCACGACGCUGGCCGCAGAGCAUUCCCUGGCCGUCCCCAGCGUCCCCCAGCGCCCCAGCUGCCUGGCCGCCCUGCCCGUCCUGUCCAUCCUGCCCGUUCAUUCUCCGGUGCCCUCCACGCGCACGCAAUGAAGGGCCCCGCCGUCGUAGCGGAUGACACCUUCCAGCGCCUCUACAUCUAA